GUGAUCAGUGAGCUGCUGGAGUCCGGACUGAACACACUCACUGGGACGUGUCCUCCUCUCACACUUGGAGUCUACUGAGUAAAACCUUUUCAUGCUUUUAAAAGAGGAGGAAGCUGUUUGCAUUUAGCGCUUCAUCUCACUCUGAUCGGCUUUUUUCUUUUUGGUUUUAAAACUGGAAUUAAACCGAAGAUGCUUCAAGUGGACUGAAGCUUUUCCUCGUCCUUCUGGACAUUUCAGGACGUCCAGUUGUGUUUUUCUCCCUCUCUCUCUCUCUCUUGGGGACAUGAUUGGCUAGAUAUUGUCUGCAUGGAUUACAUUUAAACAUCACCUGUGAACAUUUCGGACUAACAUUUGAGGCACGUCUCCGAAACGCAGCGCCCGCUCUCCAAUGAAAUAUCUCCCCCCUGCUGCGGAUCGACAAAGUACGCGGAUCGAGCUCAGUGAGACCACCAACGGUACAAAGUCUCGUCCCGGUGCCGUGGUCUCCCUACUGACCCCUUUGGACCCUCUCCGGCAGGCAAAGCGUCUUCCUAUCCGAGUGAUCAAGAUGUUGACUGCGCACACUGGACACUUGCUGCACCCGGAAUAUUUACAGCCUUUGACGUCCGCCCCAGUCAGCAUCGAGGUAUUUAUGACUUUGAAAUAUACUGCACUUUUUUAAUUCGCAGCGCAGUGUUCCUGGUGUCACAGCAGUGCGGUGAAAAUGUAAAUAUAGCUCUAAAUUUACUGCACUGUCUCAGGAUAUGACAGCAAACAUAAAUCUGUUGUUCCCUUGCAGAGAGGAGAUAUGUUUCAUUGAACUUCAAAAGGCUCUCUAACUCUAUCCCUGUUUUUAAUAGGAAAACAUAUAACAAGCUUCUGAUUUGAAGUUAUAAAGAAUAAAAAUAUACUUUUAUAUCCUUUAAAGAGCUAUUUUAGCAUAAAAAGGUGGUCUUACAGAGACUGAAACGGCAGCUUCUCUGACAAGAUCACAGAUUUGCAGUUUUUUUUUUUCCUACGAUUCUUCACCGUGAACACCGAUAUCGGUUUUCCAACUGCUGGUGCCGAUAAUUGAAAAGCAGGGUGGCCGAUUUUUUUAUAUAACAAUUUCAUUAUGUAUUUCUCAUCAAAAAGGUGAAACUAAAUGUCAAAACUCAAAUGAUUUUAUUCUGAUUAUUAGUUAUUGGCCCUCUCUGGUGUUGAACCAGCAAAAUGUUGCCCUAUAUAAUUAAAAUGACUUACUAUGUGUUACCUGCCAUAUGUAAUUAUUGAAACAAAGCAAAUACAAUUUUUUUUUUCAAUUGGCAUAAUUUUACCUUUUGAUGCAUUUUACAUCUAAUAAACAUGUUUAUUUUACCCAGUUGCAUGUUUUUUGAUAGUUAUUUUUUUUAUAAAUUCACAAAAUAAUAAAAAAACAUUGGAUUAUGCACUAAAUUUUAAACCAUGACUAAUACUGAUGUCUGGAGCAACGCAAAACUGCAUAAUUGAAGAUAUUAUACAAAAAUUAUUUUAAAAGCUAGCCAGUGACUGUUUGAAAUUACAUAUGCUGUCAAUUAAAAUGGUUCAACAAUGUUAUCAUUCAGAGAAGAUGGUCGAGACUGAGGAAAUUCAGGCCGACAGUGACAAGACUGCCUGAAGUGUCUGCAGACAUUGUAUGUUUGUUAUUGUGAUCAGCUAAUGUCUAUCUAAAUAAUCAGCCUACCCUCUCAUAUUAAAGCUCCUAUAAGGAGUUUUUUUUACAUUUAUGAAAUUUACUGAAAUCCAUAGUGAUGCCUUUUUAUGAUAUCCAAAAGCAAACAAGACGAUCAGGGACAAGAUUGAUGAUUUCUUUAAAAUGAUGAAGAUUUCAAUAAAUGACAGAUUCUUCUGUCAAAGGUCGUCAGGGUGAGAUUUAUUUCUAAAAGACAUGACUUAAGGAUGCAGAGUACAAGAUUAGUAAAGACUGCUUUGUCCACCGGGGGGCGCCAAACUUGAUACAACCAUAAAGUUCCCAUCAGGAGCUUUAAACUGCUUCAUGUUUGCAAUGAAAAAUGAUAAUAAGAAGCAAAUUUAAUUUAAACAAAACUGUAAAAAUUAACAGAAAUUUGCCCUAAUCUUGCUCUGGAUCCUUAAAAUCCUUAAAAAAAAAAAGACAUUUUUUGUUUCAUUUUUUCCAUUUAACAGCUAAAUAGUUUCUAUGCAGUUAUUUAGAUUCCUAAAAGAGUCAUUUGGAGCUGGUCCCUUUAGUUCUGGAACUCUGUGCAUUUUUCACUGAUUCUGUCAUUUUAUUACCAGAACAUCAGCCAUGAACAUUGUUGUUUCAUUGAUUAUUAAUUAAACUGAUACUUAAGGGCAGCCCGAGGUCAAAUGAAAUAAAUAUCAUCAUUUUAUAAACUUGUAAUUCAGAGGCUUUUAAGAUAAAGUUGUUGUUGGCAGUCACAUUUUUUCCCAGAAUGUCUCCAGGGCUAAUCAUCAUGAUCUGCAUUUUCUUCCAGCUGGAUGCCAAGAAGAGUCCACUCGCCCUGCUGGCUCAGACCUGCUCUCAGAUCGGCAAACCAGACCCUCCAUCCUCCUCUAAGCUGAGCUCCUCCUGCAGCCAGGGGGACAAGGAGCCCGGCAGUCGCUCCUCCAGCCUGAAGCACGGCGAGCACCGCCCCUCUCUGGAUGAUAAAUGUAGCUUCAAGCCUUACAACAAAGGCAGCGCGGACUGUCGCAGAGACGGAGUCACCAGCAGCAGCAGCUCGAACAGCAGCAGCAGUGAUAAAGUGGGCUUUAGGGUGCCAAGCAAUAACUCUAACACAAAUGGGAAUUCAACUACAGGCCAGCCGUCCUACCCGCCCCACCCUGCGUCACCGAGCUCCAGAGUGGGCAGCAGCACUCCACCUGGACACUCUCAGCCUCACAAACAGAGCCAGUCUCCAGGAGGACAGCAAACGUCACACUCUCAGAUUACAAAUGGAGACUCUGCGCAUGAGCAAGGCAGUCCCACCAGCACGAGCAGCAAUAACAGCCACCUGAAAAAGGACGCCGAUAUAAGCAAGAGGACCUCAGACAGUCCACAUGAUGCAAACUCCAGCCACGCUCGAGCCAGCACCAACUGCAGCAACAGCAGCUCUGAUGGCGGCUCCAACCACGAUGGGGGGAAGGCGGAUUCUUCCCAGCCUAACCUCGGUCCUGGUCGCAUUACUCCCAUAUCUCCCUACAAAACAAACCAGCCGCUCUUCCCUCUGCCGUCCUCUAAUUUGGGCUACCACGGAUCUGUAGUUGGGGCGUACGCGGGCUACCCGUCCCAGUUUGUUCCCGGGCUGGAUCCGACGAAGCCGAGCCUCAGUGUGGGAAGCAUUGGAGUCCCUGGAAAGCACCCGAGCUCCAGCCCUCUCACGGGUGCCUCCCCUCCCUCCUUCAUGCAGAGUCUGUGCAGGGACCCCUACUGUCUAAGCUACCCCAGUGUGCCCCAUCUCGGUGGGAGCAACUGCAACUCCUGCAUCCAUGACCCCUCCUCGUCUCUAAAAUCAAACUUCCCAUUAGUGUACCCCUCCCACCCGCUCCACUCCCUCCACCAAAGCUCUAGCGUCUCCUCCUCCCUCUCACACCCGCUCUACUCCUACGGCUUCAUGCUCCCAAACGACCCCCUUCCCCACGCCUGCAACUGGGUCUCAGCUGCAGGGCCGUGUGACAAACGUUUCACCACGUCAGAGGAGCUCCUGGCUCACCUUCGCACACACACGGCUCUGCCUAUAGGACUGGACAGUAAGCUGCUCUCUGUUUCCUCCUCUGGACCCGCCUCCUGCCACCUCCACCUCCCCCACCAGAGCACCCCAGGCUCCAUGUCCAGCUCUCUCUCUCUCAGGGCUCCCCCCAGCCUGGGAUUAGCUCGCUAUCACCCCUACAGCAAAGUCCACCUGCCCCCUGGACCCUCCUCAAUUUCCCUGCACUCUCUGCCCUCAACAGGCCCGUACUACCCUCAUUAUGCCCUCUACAGUCAAAGACUGGGAUCUGCAUCUGCUCUGGGCUACCAGUGAUAAACCAUUUUCUUAUAUGUUUGAAGGAAUAGUUUGACAUUUUGAGAAAUAAGUUUUUGCCCUUUCUUAUUGAGAAUCUGGUGAGAAGAAUGACACCUGACACGAGUAUAUUUCCUCAAAAGAUUAGCCAGUUAGCUUAGCUUGAGUUAGCUUAGCUUAGAGCUAACACCAGAAAUAGAGGGAAACAGCUAGCCUGGAUAUUUACAAAGUCAGCAAAUGCACUUUCUAGCAACUCUUAAGCUCACACAUGACCAUGACAAAGUCUGUGAAGCAUAAACAGUGUUUACGCUAGAUUAAAGCUGAUAGAGUCAUGUGUAUAGCAGAGUCAAUCAACCCGUAAACACAUUAUUUUGGUACGUAAGUCCAGCUUUGAUAAAUUCGGCUGAUUGAAAUUUCUUGACAAACAUUUUGACGUGUCCUUUUUAAGUCCAGUUGUCAGACUAACAGAAGAAGUAAAUCAUGUAAACACAUUGAUUGAUUGACUAACAUAUAUUCUUGUUUAUACAUAAUGCAGUCAAGCAUACCAUGCUUUAAUGUUUUUAUUCCUCUAAACUAUAAAAGUAACAUCUUUCUUUGUUGAAAAAGUAGUUAUAAAUAUAAUUAGGGAUUAAGAAGUUAGGCUUUUUUCAUCCAGUUUCCAUUUAAUUAACUUUUUGAAAUACUAGAAGGUUAGCCCCCUGCUGGUCACUGGAAAGAAUGCAGGUUUUAAGGCCUGUCUGGACUGGCAACAAGGGCCUGUGUCCAUUUUUUUAGACAUUGGUGGUUUACUCCCAAUUCUCUUUGGUAUCAAACAGAAGGAUGGUAAAAUACUGUGAAAAAUAGUGAGAGUAAGAGCUGCUGGUAGACUUACUGUAGAGCGAGGCUAGCAGCUCCCCUCUGUUUCAAGGCUGUGUGCUAAGCUAGGCUAACUGAUUAUGUCCCAUAAAAAGUCAUCUUUCCAAAAUGUCAAACUAUUACUUUGUGUUUGUACUCCGUUGUGGCGAGUUGCUGCUUCCACUUGACUUUGGACUGGAUUCAAGUGGAACUGAAAUGGGAGUGCAAGUCCUGGAUUUUGACUUGAGUGCAUUUUCACCCUUUCUUUUUUACACGUUAAAAACAAGAUUUGGUGUUUUCAAUCAGGCUCCACUGCUAAAGAUCAAAAGGACUCAUCAUGUGGCUCUUGCAUGUCUGCACAUUGCUGGGAUACUUUUGCGACAGACACGACUGCCCUUCGGAGACUCGUGCCGCCCUGUAGGCUCGGCAAAUUGCUGGUUGGACGCUGUGUAAUAGCACUUGGAUGUUCAGGGUUGUCUCUGCAAAUGAUGAUGAUUAAGUGCAGAAAAAUGUAGUGUGGCGCAGACGGCAAUAAGCUGCAGCUGUGGACCUGUGCAAGUCCGGCCAAAGUCGCUUUCUCCCUGCUGGAGAUGCAUGAAAGCUCGACACACCUAACUGUUUAUCCAGCCCCGCAGUUUGUGAUGAUUUCUUUCAGUUCCUUAUGUUUUUGUUUACUCCUACUGAGAAGUUGUAUUUAUUUUUCAUCGGGGAUCAGGCUUUCUUUCAUGUUUUCCACAGAAAUCUAUUCCCAUUUUACUAUCCUCGGAGGAGUCAAGCUGGAUGACAGAUGCUGAAAAUGUCGUGUCUUAAUACUUCUUUGAGGAUGAAUGUCGAAAUCACAUCUGAACUCUUUGGUUUGAGGAUUUUUUUUUUAUUUCCACAGCAAAUCAAUAAAAAAUUAGAUGUGAUAUUUUAUAUGUAAAGUCGGAACACCCCAUGGUGGUGUCCAGUUUAAGGGGAGGUCAUAUUUUGCUAAAUAAAUCACAUUGAGGAUGUAUA